AUGGACCAAGAAGACGACGCCGUUUCGGAGAACAAAACCAAAGGUUGUGGAACUGGUGCUAACACCAUUAGUAUAGCAGAGAGGAGGGCAGCCAAGUGUGGAUUCAAUGCGGAGAGGAUCAAUACGGCGCGUUUUAGGACAACAAGCCCUUUGCCUUCGCCGGCCGCGGCUGCCAGGUCCCCUUGCCUCACUAUUCCACCUGGUAUCAGCCCCACGGCUUUGCUCGACUCCCCCAUGAUGCUCCCCAAUUCUCAGGCGCUCCCAUCUCCAACCACCGGAACUUUUCCGUUGCUUCCUCCCAAUGAUGACAGUUCAGUGCUGAAAUCUGGAACUCAUGAAGAUGGUCACAGGGGGAGUGAUUUUGGUUCAUCCUUCACAUUCAAGAGACAGGGCGAUCCCAAAUAUCUGCCAGGCUUUUCUAGUUUCGAAAAUCAGGGAUCUACUGUUGACUACCAAUCUCUGGUUUUGGAGCAACAACCAAUAGAUUUUGAAUUCCCAAUGGAGUUUCCGGAAGAAGCUAAUGCAAAGAACUAUGCUGUGGAUCCAUCCACCCAUGUUAAAAACUUAAAUAGUGGGAUUCUGAAUGCCAACUGCGUAGACUUGCAAAGGUCUAAUUCAAGCGCAGCUAGUGAACAAAACUCUCUUCCCAAAGAACCGAUUCAUGGAGAGGACGUUGGGAGCCACCCAUUUUUGGAAGGAGAGCAUAGAGGGUCAUACCCAUCUGCAGGAAUGGUCAGGACUUCAGAAGAUGGAUAUAAUUGGAGGAAGUAUGGGCAGAAACAGGUCAAAGGCAGUGAAUAUCCAAGGAGCUAUUAUAAAUGCACCCAUCCAAAUUGUCAGGUGAAGAAAAAGGUGGAACGAUCCUUUGAUGGUCAAAUAACAGAAAUCAUCUACAAGGGAGCUCCUCAUAAUCAUGCAAUGCCUCAGCCUAAUCGUCGAGCUGGAGCAUCACUUGGAUCAUCAUUUUCAUUUGAUGAGACGUCAGAGAUGAGUGAAGGAAGUAGGGCCUCUGUCAAAGUUGAAGGUGGGUCAGUUUGGACAAAUAUUCAGUCUGGUAAGGAUAUUAAAACUGGUUAUGAUGGGAGGGCUGAAGGUCUGGAAAGGACAUCCUCAACAUCUGUUGUUACCGACCUUUCUGAUCCAUUAUCAACUACCCAAGGGAAAUCCAUGAGUAUCUUUGAAUCAGCAGAAACUCCAGAGUUUUCAUCCACACUUGCUAGUCAUGAUGAUGAUGAUCGGGGCACCCAAGGAAGCAUAUCACUUGGAGAUGAUGCAGAUGAUGAAGAAUCUGAGUCAAAAAGAAGGAAGAAAGAGAGCUGCUUGAUUGAACCAAGUAUAGCAUCCAGGGCUGUCCGUGAACCAAGAGUAGUUGUCCAAAUUGAGAGUGAAGUCGACAUACUUGAUGAUGGCUAUCGUUGGCGGAAGUAUGGGCAAAAAGUUGUCAAAGGAAAUCCAAACCCUAGGAGCUACUACAAAUGUACAAGUGCGGGCUGUUCAGUAAGGAAGCAUGUGGAAAGGGCCUCCCACAAUCUGAAAUUCGUAAUUACAACAUAUGAGGGAAAACACAACCAUGAAGUGCCCGCAGCGAGAAACAGUAAUCACAUAAAUUCAAACGGUGGCAAUGCACAUCCAUCUACUGCCAAUGCUCAGCCAGCUCUUGCAUUACCCAGGAGUAGCAAUAAUCCAAAGCCUGAGACACAAGUACAAGAUCUUGCACCUCAUUUUGAUAGAAAACCGGAGUUCCAUGAAGAAUACCUGAGAUCUAGUUUUCUUGGGAAUUUCAAUAAUGACUUGAAAUUUGGAGUUCCCUCCAUUUACCAAAUGAAAUAUCCUCCUUUGCAAAAUACCAUGCCAUAUAGCUCGUUUGGACUACAUGCUAAUCACGGUGUGACCCAUCAGGCUGGUUCUGUUGUCCCAGACUUCCCAAUUUCACUGCCUUUAAACCUUCCUCCAUCUGGGAAUCUCCCUCUCUCUGGUUUUGAUUUCAACAAUGGAAAAUCAGUUUGUCCAGUACAGCCUUAUUUUUCAGGACAGCAGCUGCAGGAGGAUGAUAUAAGGUUCCUAAAGCCUAAACAAGAGCAAAAGGAUGAUAACCUUUAUGAUGCCUGUUUGCCUAUCAUUGACCAGGCAAAUGCAUCAUUGUCGUCGUCGUCAUCAUCGCUGUUAUAUCAAAGGAUCAUGGGAGGUUAUCCAUCAUAA